ACCCCAUUUUCGUCAUUUCACGUACCCCUAAAAAUCCUCACUCACUCACACAGUCACACUCACUUUCUCUCUCUUUCCCUCCUCACCCACUUUCAUCACUCUCUUUCUCUCACUCACUUCUCUUCUUUCUCUUUCCUCUUCAUAAUGGGAAGCCGCACUCAAUCCCAUCAGCUCAGAAACGGGCUCUUCGUUUCGGGCCGGCCCGACUCCCAGCCCAAGGAGCGCCCGCCCACAAUGGCCGCGCGGGCGGUUCCGUACACUGGCGGCGACAUCAAGAAAUCCGGUGAACUCGGCAAGAUGUUCGACAUUACCUCCGCCACUCCACGCUCCAACACCACCACCGCAACAUCCUCCUCCUCGCUUUCUCUCUCCUCUCCUCGCCCGCCACCUUCUCGGGCCUCAUCCCAGCCCAACUCCGGGUCGGCUCGAUCCGGGCCCAACUCCGGCCCGCUCCCUCCUCGCCUCAGCAACUCGGGGUCCUUUACCAAGAAGGUGUCGGGCCCACUCUCGCUCCCACCGACAGGUCUCAUCACGUCCGGCCCGAUUCGGAAGUCGGGUCAGCUCGACCCGGGUCAGCAACAAGUGGGUCCCACUGGGGGUGGGGGACAAGGGAAGAUGGUGUAUGGGACAGCUGUCACUAGUUUAGGGAGUGAAGGGGUGAAGUAUGGGAUGAGGGUUUCAAGAGGGGCAAUGUGGGUAUUUGGGAUUGUGGUUUUGAUGGGUUUGUUGAUUGGGGUGUUUCUGAUGGUUGCCGUUAAAAAAGCUGUGAUCUUGGUGGUUUUUGCCGCGAUUUUGGUUCCGAUUUUCAUGUGGUUAGGGUGGAAUUAUGCUUGGGGGAAGAGGGCAAUCUUGGGGUUUGUUAAAAAGUUCCCUGAUGCUGAGCUUAGAGGUGCUGUUGAUGGCCAGUUUGUCAAGGUUACUGGGGUUGUUACAUGUGGCAGUAUACCUCUUGAAUCGUCGUUCCAGAGGGUACCGAGGUGUGUGUAUGUAUCAACUGAGCUGUAUGAGUACAAAGGAUGGGGUGGGAAGGAUGCAAACACCAAACAUCGUUGCCUCUCAUGGGGAUGCAGGCAUUCAGAGAAAUAUGUUGCAGAUUUUUAUGUGUCAGAUUUCCACUCUGGAUUAAGAGCCCUCGUUAAAGCUGGUUAUGGAGCAAAGGUGGCCCCUUUAGUGGAAACUGCAACUGUUGUCGACAUAACUAAAGAAAAGAGAGACUUGUCUCCAAACUUCUUGCAGUGGCUAGCUGAUCGAAGUCUUUCUAGUGAUGACCGCAUAAUGCGCCUAAAAGAAGGGUAUGUUAAAGAAGGCAGUACUGUCAGUGUCAUGGGCAUUGUUCGGCGCCAUGAGAAUAUCCUCAUGAUUGUACCACCCUCAGAACCGCUAUCUACAGGCUGUCAAUGGUUACGAUGCCUCCUUCCGAUGUAUGUCGAAGGCUUAGUACUGCAUUGUGAAGAUAAUCAAGAUUCUGAAGUGGUUCCUGUGUAAGUACAUAGAUCUAGUUUCCUCGCAUGUUUUUUCUUCUUUGAGUGGAUUCCACAAGUACAUAUCUGCCCUGCGAAGACUGCAAAAAGGGCAUGAUGCUUUUCCAUCCCUCUGUCCAUAGAUUUUCUGCUCUCAAGUGUAUGUAAACCAGCCUCUAGCAGACACAAAAGGGGCUCAGAGGACGCAGGUGUGUAAUAAGUAGAAUUUCUCGAGUCUCUUAUAAACCUUUCUGUGUUUAAUUGGAUCAAGCAAGUAGGGGGAGAAGUUUUCCUCAUCAACACUAUGAGAAAAGGAAGCUCGGGUUUUUCACGAUGAGCCACGUAUAUUCUAAAGCUUUAGCUUUGUUUAGUGUAAAUAAGCUACAACAAAUCCGAAGAGCCCUAUUUUCUUCUCUAUUCUUCCGCAUUUUUGUUUUCCUUUCAAUUUUUCACGAAAGGUAGAGUAUGCUCAACACUAGUGCUUUGUGUAUUGAUUAUAUAAUUAUGAUUAAAUGUUUUUCCAUCCUUCAAGCAUCUAUGUAAGGUGUGCUCUCUGUUUUUUCA